AUGGUAAUGGUAAAUCACGGCCUCACCACCGACGAUGCUGAUCGCCUAUUGGAUCCCAUCGUCGAAUUUCCCGAGAUCAAUGCUGCGUUUGAGAGACUUCGGCCAAUUACCGACUUCCGAAAAGACGAUAGCGAGGCCAGGAUAUUGUACAUUUGUAGGCGGAUAGAUCCUGAUGAGAAGAACAACAGAAACGGCGACGAGAAAAGCGAGAAUCUCUACAUUCUCAAAUGCAAAAUUCAAGCACCCUCGGUAUUAGCUGGAGGACUCACGACUCCUAUUGCUGGCCCAAAUGAACACACUCUUGCGGAACUGCAAGCAUUGCAAAAGUUCGCAGACACGAAAUCACCUUCUCUACCACAUCUCGUAGCAUGGAAGAAAGUCAUUCAGAAGGAGGGAGUGAACUCACCCAUGCCGGGCGGCUAUCUGGCUUAUGUUGUCAUGACCUUGAUGCCAGGCCGAGACCUGAUGGCGUUGAAGUUUUGGUCAAUGGAAGAGGAGCAGCGAGAGGAGAUCCGGGCCGCCUUUCUAGUCGCUAUCAAAUCUGUUUGGAGAAUGGGUUUCGAGCCCUAUGACUGUGCUUUGAGGAAUAUUCUGUGGGAGCCGGAGACGAAGAGAAUCUCCAUUGUUGAUUUCGAACAUUGGUAUCCCACUACUAGAGAUCCAAUCAACAUGAACGAAAGAGAGGAAAUGAUGAGAUGGGGAAUCGUCCAGAAGCCACCACAUGCGUUUCACUGGCAAGCAUUCUUCGCAAAUGAAGGUUUGAAGAAAGAGGAGAUCGACAGACUGUAG